AAAGCACUUUAACUUCACCUGAGUGGCCUGGAACAAGAUCUCUUGGGUUGUGAAAAUGGCAUUCUGGGCUUCUGUGCUCAUAGUCCUGGUGACCACUGUCCUGGUGGUGCUAUACAGGUUGGGAGCCUUCCGCCAGAGGAGAGUCAAUGAGCCCCCUUUGGACAAAGGCCUCAUCCCCUGGCUGGGCCAUGCCAUGGACAUGUCUAGAAAUGCCUCUGGUUUCCUGAAGAAGAUGCAAGAACGUCAUGGGGAGAUCUUCACUGUUCAUAUUGCUGGCAGCUACAUCACCUUUGUCACAGAUCCUUUCUCUUUUGAUGUCAUUCUGAAGGAAAGCAGAAGCAAGUUGGACUUUUCUAAGUUUGCAACUAAUUUGGUGUUCAAAAUCUUUGAGUUCCAAGCGCCAAAAAAUCAUAGAAAGAUAAUGAACAAUAACAGCUCAAAGUACUUGAUGGGUACUGGUUUAGUUGGUUUGACCCAGGCCAUGAUGGAUAGCUUGCAGAUCCUGAUGCUAGAACCUGAUGCUGAUAGGAGACCAGGACCUCAGGAGUGGAAGCAGGAAGGGCUAUUUCAAUACUGCUACAAUACUGUCUUUAGAGCUGGUUACCUGGCCUUGUUUGGGAAUCUACCUACUAAUGGCAAAGCAGGCCAUGCUCAGGACCUGCUCCAAUCCCAGAAAGUCUUUGAAGAAUUCAGGAAAUUCGACAUUCUUUUUCCUCGGAUGUUUCACUCUGUGAUCCUGCCCAAGGAGAAGCAAGAAAUAAAGAGACUCAGAUACUUCUUCUGGGAUAUUCUCUCUGCAAGGCAGAUGCUGGAGAAGGAUAAUGUGAGUGGAUGGAUCAGUUCUAUUCAGCGGGAGCUGGCUGACUUGGGAGUGCCUGAGCUAGGACAGAGCCAGUAUAAUCUGAUAUUGCUCUGGGCUUCCCAGGGCAACACAGGUGUUGUGUCCUUCUGGGCCCUCCUCUUCCUCCUGAAGAAUCCUGAGGCUCUGAAGGCUGUGAGAGAGGAGGCAGAAGGAGUUCUCAGGAAAAUGGGGAAGGAGAUGAGACCAGGUGGGGCGCCCAUCAGUGUUGAGUAUAGCAUGUUACAGCAGACCCCAGUGCUGGACAGUGUCAUGGAGGAGACAUUACGCCUGAAGGUUGCCCCUCUGCUGACCAGGGCUGUGAAACAUGACAUGAUCCUGAAAAUGGAUAAUGGCAAGGAGUAUGCCCUCCGCCAGGGGGAUAGAGUUUGCAUGUUCCCCUACCUUUUCCUCCAGAUGGAUCCAGAAAUCUACCCAGACCCCACUACAUUCAAAUAUGACCGUUUCCUGAACCCUGAUGGCAGCAGAAAAGUAGCUUUCUAUAAGCAAGGGAAAAAGCUUAAAUCACACAUGUUGCCAUGGGGUGGUGGCCCCUCCAUCUGUCCUGGGAGAUUCUUUGCCCUCAAUGAGAUGAAAAUGUUUGUGUUCUUGAUGGUCGCACAAUAUGACAUAGAGUUAGUUGAUCAGGAUGUGAAGAUCCCUCCAAUAAAUGUGAAGCGGUUUGGAAUUGGUGCCAUGCAGCCAAUACAGGAUGUCCAGUUCCGAUAUCGGAUACGCUUCUAGCUUGAUGGUGAAAACAUUUGCACAAGGUCAAGGCUGCAGUGGGGUACAGUCAUGUUCUCCCCCUUGAUCUACCCACUCUUUCCCCAGAUUCUUCCCUCCUGUAACAUGGGUCUCAUCCUCACCACCCUCACUAAGCUGCUCUCCAUUUCCCAAUCAGCACCUCUAGCUGUCUUUUCUCAGACCUCUUUCGUGUUUGUAAUUUUUGCCAUUCUUUACUAUCUCUUCCUUCUGAGGACUUUUUUUUUCCUCUUACCCUUCCUUAAUCUCCUUGAAU